AUGGGCAACGGCUCGUUCGGCAGGGGACACGGCGCCAUCUGGCUGGACGAGGUGAAGUGCACGGGCGAUGAGCGCCACCUGUGGGACUGCCGCCGCUCUCCCCUGGGACAGGGCAACUGCGCACACAAGGAGGACGCUGGGGUCGUCUGUACAGAGGUGCUGCCAGGGGGCGGCCUGUCCAUGCCGCUGGCGGCCCUCCUGCCGCUGGGCCUGCUGCUCCUCGGCGCGCUCCUCGCCUUGGCCUGGCAGACGCAGCAGAACCGGCAGCUGAGGACAGUUGUAGCCCGGAGAGAGAUCGCUCUGCGGCAGGAUGCCGUCUAUGAGGAGCUGGACCACAAGCUGUACACGGUGAAAGCAUUCGGACCCCCCCGCAGAGGGAGACUCCUGUUUGAAGAGCCGCCAUCCAACUAUAAUGAUGUGGAGAUCAGGGAGGGGCACCCCAACCCAGGUAGGGCGUCUGGUCCUCAGUUAUCCCACAGUGCACCACACCAGCCCUCGCUCUACCCCAG